GCUCCUCCCUCACGUCCCCCUGCGCACACUCGCUUGUGCCCCUGCCCCCCCCCGCACGGUGCAUCCUCGUGCGCGAGCGUGCGAGGUGGGGGUAGGCGGGGGGGGGGAGGUGCAGGUCACAGGGGCUGGGGGGGGGCACACGCGUGUGCGCUGAGGCCGUGCCCCCCCCGCCCCCCCCAGACCUACGAGCAGCGCAAGGUGGUGGAGUUCACGUGCCACACGGCCUUCUUCGCCAGCAUCGUGGUGGUGCAGUGGGCCGACCUCAUCAUCUGCAAGACCCGCCGCAACUCCGUCUUCCAGCAGGGCAUGAAGAACAAGAUCCUGAUCUUCGGGCUGCUGGAGGAGACGGCGCUGGCGGCGUUCCUGUCCUACUGCCCCGGCAUGGGGGUGGCCCUGCGCAUGUACCCCCUCAAGGUCACCUGGUGGUUCUGCGCCUUCCCCUACAGCCUCCUCAUCUUCGCCUACGACGAGGUGCGCAAGCUCAUCCUGCGCCGCUACCCCGGAGGCUGGGUGGAGAAGGAGACCUACUACUAGGUGCCUGUGUGGGCCCCCCCGGCCCCCCGCUCACCCCGACCCUGCACCCCCAUACUAACCCCGGGGGCUGGCGCUGCUGGGUACAGUGGGGGGGGUUGGGACCCCCUGGCCUGGGGGUACCCAGGAGUGCGGGGGGGGGCACCCUCUGCCCCCCCCAUGAGGCACCCAGACCCCCCCACACACUUUCAGAGCAAUAAAACAA